CGGUCAGAAUUAACUAGUUAAAUUAUCAAGUUACCUGUAGGAGACAAUUCCACUAGAUUUUAUUUUAACAUACACUAGACCAAACUGAAGCAAUUUCAUCAAAAAUGCUUUUAGCACGUUUGGCCUGCGCUCUGCCUGGACGUUCAAUGCGUCUCUUGGGUCAGUCGGCAAUUCAACGUUUCAGCCAUGGUUUGCCUCUGCCCAAAUCAACUGGUUUGCCAUCAUUGAGUCCCUUGAAGCCAAAAUCCCUGAUACCCCGGAAUAUGGGACAGCGUAAAUACACAGAAAACUCACGUGAUCGUGAUCGUACACAUAUCGAGAGCCGAUCGCGAACGCCAACGCUAAAAGAACGUUUGAUGGGUCCACCCACCGAGAAUGCCUACUCCAUGGGCAAGGGAGCAGCGGCUGGAGCAGCUCUAAUGGGCAUGGUGGCCCUAUGCUAUUAUGGUCUCGGUUUGGCCAAACAGCCGAGCAUCUAUGAUCAUUCGGUGAUGUGGCCACAGUACGUCAGGGAUCGCAUUCAUGCCACAUAUGCAUAUUUUGGAGCUUCGUGUGCCCUGACAGCAGCUUCAUCGGCGGCCGUGUUCCAAUCGGAGGCUCUCAUGCAAUUGAUUACAAGAUCCGGAUGGGUGGCAUCGCUGAUCACCCUGGGCCUGGUAAUGGGCACUGGUGCUUUGGCUCAGUCCAUAAACUAUGAGCCUGGUUUGGGUCCCAAACAAUUGGCUUGGGCUCUGCAUUGUGCUGUGCUGGGAGCUGUUGUGGCACCUCUAUGUUUCCUUGGUGGUCCGAUACUGACAAAAGCUUUGCUCUACACCGGCGGCAUAGUUGGUGGCCUCUCCACGGUGGCUGCCUGUGCUCCAAGCGACAAGUUUCUCUAUAUGGGCGGACCACUUGCCAUUGGUCUAGGCAUUGUGUUUGCCUCAUCGCUGGCUUCUAUGUGGCUGCCACCGACCACAGCGGUUGGAGCUGGCCUGGCAUCCAUGUCGCUAUAUGGAGGUUUGAUUCUAUUCAGCGGAUUCCUACUCUAUGAUACCCAGAGAAUUGUUAAGGCAGCAGAAAUGCAUCCGCAGUAUAGCAGUGUAUUCUAUGACCCGAUCAAUCAUGCCCUGGCCAUCUAUAUGGACGCCUUGAAUAUAUUCAUACGCAUGGCUAUCAUUCUGUCUGGCGACCAGGGUAACCGCAGAAAGUAAAUUAAUUUUUGAUUUAAAAUAGUUUAUUACCAAAUUGUAAAAUAUAUUACAGAGAAGAUCACACCCAUCACUCACA